AUGCGUUGUUGUGCAUAUAUUCUUAUUCUCGCUGUGAGUGAUGGGUUGAAAGAAAUGGACGAUUAUAUUGCCAACAUUAGACUUGUGGUGAGAUAUGUGAGGUCUUCUCCUCACAGGCAUGAUACUUUUAAGAAGUGUGCGGCCACACUCAAACUUGAUUCAAAAGCUCUUGUAUGCUUAGAUGUACCAACUAGGUGGAACUUUACCGAUUUGAUAUUGGAGGCCACUGAGAAGUAUGAGAAGGCUUUGAACCGCUUGAAGUUUGUGGAUUCCAAUUUUGAACCUUAUUUCAAAGAUGUUGAUGGUGGCAUAAGGAGAAGGUCUCUCUUUAUUACUUCCAAUGCUUUUUACAAAGAAAUGUUUGUUAUUGAAAGCAAAAUUAACCAAUCAAUUUUGGAGGAGGAUAAUACUUUGAGCACAAUGGCAAAGACUAUGAAACAAAAGUUUAGCAAGUAUUGGAGGAAUGGAAGUAAGAUCAAUUUGUUAUUGUAUGUUGCGGUUGUUCUUGAUCCCACAAAAAAAAUGGCAUACUUGAAGUUUUGCUUUUCAAAUUUAUUUCUUGGAAAUAAUAAGAAGGUGGAAGAUAUGGUAGACAAGGUUAAGAGUUGUUUAAGUCAUUUGUAUAGCCAUUAUGUCACACUUUAUCCUUCAAAUGAGAAACUUCCAAGUGUGAGUGAAGUUGUGAAUAUGAUGGAAGAUGAUGAUGAUGAUCCUUAUUCUUUGGUUGACUCCCAAUUUAAUUCUUAUUUGGAGGGGCAAUGCACUAGUGGAUCUAAGUCAGAAUUGGAACAAUAUUUGUUCGAGGUUGAACAUUUUGCAAAGAAUCAAACAUUUGAGAUUUUCGAUUAUUGGAAAGUGAAUGCAACCAAAUAUAGAGUGCUAUCGCAACUUACAAGGGAUGUGUUGGCCAUGCCUAUUUCUACCAUUGCAUCGAAGUCGGCUGUUAGUACCGAGGGGACAUAUUCUUGA